GUAGAUUACUAUAACUUUUGGUUCAAUCUUACUCACAAAAUCUAUAAAACAUUUAUUCUCCUUAUUUUUUACUUGGUGUUCAAGGCGAAACAAUUCAUAACCCAGAUACCAAAUAUUGUGCAGAUAAAGACAUACUCGGUUGAUCCUAAAAUCCAGCUACUUCCCCUUUUCUAAGACAAAACCAAAAGAAGAUAUAUAUAUUUUUUAUUUAUUUAUUAUUAGAUUCUUUCCUUAAUUAGCUUUCUCCCUUAAGUUUUCUUGCAAAAUACAAUUCAAACCGUCUUACUAGCAUUCUGCAAGCAAAACCUCUUUGUUGAUUAAUUAAUGGAAUAAAUAAAUAGGAAAAAUCGUUAUUUAUAUUUUCUCCCGAAUAUUUUUAAGAUAACUACUUGUGAAUUUUGCGGUUACAGCACCUCUUGCGAUUCAAGUAAUUGAGUAAAAAAAAAAUCUCCUACUUACUAACUUGGAUGAUUUCUUGAAGCUUCUGAAGAAAAAAUACCCUUUUAUCCGUAUCAUCAUCCAUAUCAUCGCUUUUUAAGGUUGUCCCGGCUUUGAGGUUUUCUCUGAUAAACAAAACACAAAGCAAGAAACAGAGUCUUUCUUUGUCUUCUUCUUGCGCAUACGAAUAUAUUCGAGAAAGUUAAUCUUGAAAGACGUUAAGUUUGAGAGGAAGAACUAAACCCCAUUCACACCACAUAAGAUCGAGGACUAAAGACAAUCAUGGACGUCAAGUCUUACCAGAAUCAGGCUGAGGGUUUUGUUAAGCGCUAUCUGUUAGCAGAUCCAUGUCUUCCUUAUACUUCUGUUCUUUCUGGAAUCUUUCUCUGCAAAAUGGUCUAUGAUCUUACGGAUUCAUUCAGCUCAGUUCACAUCAAAUCAUACUCAGCUCUCACAAAAAUGAAGAGAAUUGAAUGGAACAACAGGGGAAUUUCCACAGUUCAUGCGGUAUUUAUAUCAUUCAUGGCACUCUACUUUGUGUUCUUUUCUGAUUUGUUUUCUGACCAAACAAGUCUUCAAGGCCUUAUGGUGUUUCGUAGCUCGCCUCUAUCUAACUUUGGUUUAGGAGUAUCAGUUGGCUAUUUUCUUGCUGAUCUUGGAAUGAUCAUUUGGCUUUACCCUUCUUUAGGAGGAUUAGAAUAUAUUUUCCAUCACAGCUUAUCUGGAGUAGCAGUAGCGUAUUCUCUGUUCUCAGAAGAGGCUCAGCUUUACACAUACAUGGUUCUAAUCUCUGAAGUGACUACACCAUCUAUCAAUCUUAGAUGGUUCCUUGACACUGCUGGUUUGAAGCGGUCUAAAGCUUAUCUUAUUAAUGGAGUUGCUAUUUUAUUGGCUUGGAUGACGGCAAGAAUACUUCUGUUCAUCUACAUGUUUUACCAUGUCUACAUACACUAUGAUCAGGUGGUAGAGAUGCAUACGUUCGGUUAUCUGCUGGUAUUUGUAGUACCGAUUGCUUUGAGUGUAAUGAACUUGAUGUGGUUUGGUAAGAUAGUGAAGGGACUGAAGAAAACACUUGAGAAAAGACAGUGAAGAAAGACUUCUGUUGGAUGUAAAUAUAAAGAAGCUCUUAUGAAGAAAAUGUUUUAGCUUCAUAAGCAAAGGUUUUUUUAUAAUGUAAUUUGCCCAUACAAACAAAACUAAACUUCUGGUAUAAGAUUAUCACAAGACGUCAGUAGACCACGCUACUAAUGCAGUUGGGAUUUCUUCUUCUUCUUCUUACAAGAAUCUGCCUAGGUGUUUCUGUAAUCUCUGCCAAGGUUGAGAAUAUUGUAGAGCUUGAAUGAGAAUCCUAGAAUCUUUUUUUUU